AUGCACAACAAGGGCAACCACAUCCGCCUCCUCUCGGGCAACGCCCACCCCAAGCUCGCAAAGGCCGUCGCUGACCGCCUCGGCAUCACCCUCACCCCCUGCCAUGUGUCCAAGUUCGUCUCGCUCGAGACGUCGGUCCAGAUUCACCAGAGCGUGCGUGAGGAAGACGUGUUCAUCAUCCAGUCGCCCUCGCCCCCCGACAUCAAUGACCAUCUGAUGGAGCUCCUCGUCAUGGUGUCGGCGUGCAAGACUGCCAGCGCCAAGCGUAUCACUGCUGUUAUCCCCUGCUACCCUUACGCGCGCCAGGACAAGAAGAACAAGUCGCGUGCGCCGAUCACUGCCAAGCUUGUGGCCAAUCUCCUCACGGUCGCUGGCUGUGACCACGUCAUCACGCUCGACCUGCACGCGUCGCAGAUCCAGGGCUUCUUCGACAUCCCCGUCGACAACCUCUUCUCCGAGCCCAGCAUGAUGCAGUACAUCAAGGCUGAGAUCCCAGGUUGGCGCAACGCCAUCAUCGUCUCGCCCGACGCCGGUGGUGCCAAGCGCGCCACGGCCCUCGCCGACCAGCUCAACCUUGACUUCGCGCUCAUCAACCGCAAGCGCAGGCGCGACAUCAAGGACUUCUCGCUCCCCACCGUUCCUCCUACGCCAACUGGGUCGGACACGGCGUCGAUCGUCGGCGCCGAGGACGAGGACGAGGAGAACCACGCGUGGGACACGAUGGAGCUCCUUGUCGGCGACGUCAAGGGUCGUGUCGCCAUCCUCAUCGACGACAUGAUCGACACUGGUCACACUCUCCGCCUCGCUGCUGGCGUGCUCCACAAGGCUGGUGCGUGUGCCAUCUACGCUAUCAUCUCGCACGGCCUCCUCUCCGACGUGACCAUGGAGAACCUUAGGGAUCUUCCCAUCAAGAAGCUCGUCGUUACCAACUCGAUCGACCAGACUGACCGCGUCGAGGCAAGCGGCGGCGUGCUCGACACGAUCGACAUUGCGCCCGUCAUUGCUGAGUCGAUCCGCAGGACGCACAAUGGCGAGUCAAUCUCGGCGCUCUUCAAGCCCGACUACUUCCGGGUCUAG